CAUGUACAGAUACAUCUCAGAGUAAGGAUUAAAAACACCAGCUAUUAUCAAUUCACUAAAAAUAUUUGUAAGAGAUUUCAAAGAUGUCUCAUCAGUUUCAGCAACAAAAUUGAAUUCAGAAGAAAUUGCUUCAGCCCUUGAAAUUCAUUCAUUAUAAUGGCAUCCAACAAAAGAUUCAAACAAAAUCCAUAAAGAAUUUAAGUUUAAUUCAUUCAAAGAGACAUUUGCAUUCAUGGGAUCCAUUUCAGCAGUAGCCGAGGAAAUGCAUCGUAAUUAAUUAUUUCUAACUAUUUAAUAGAUUAUCCAAAAUGGACAUAAAAAGAGAAUAUUGUCAAUGUAGAGAUCUCAACUAAUGAUUGUUCAGGAGUUUCAGUAAAAGACAUUCUCUUAGCAUAUACAAUGGAUUAAUUGGCAAUGGAAAUCACAAAUACUUAAAUAAUAUCAGUUUGUGACAGUCCUAAGGUAGUUGAUUCUCAAAUACUAAAUACAUGGAAUUAAAACUUUUUGAAAACAGAGGAAGUUUUAUAAAAUCUUUAAAAGAAUACUGCCCAACUUUGAUA